CAAAAUUUUCUUUUUUUAAUUAUCAAUAUGCGUUUUACUUCUCCUAGCAUGACUAGCGCACUUCGCAGUGUUGCUCAAGCCCGUAUGGUUAACCAAAACCAAACAUUUGCUCGUGCUUAUACAACCGGUGGUCAAGCACCCAAGAAAUCCGGCAGCAAGAUUUUAGUCGCUGCUUUAGUCGGUGCUGGUAUCUUGGGCGGUAUCACUUAUAAUUCAUCUCAAACCAAGAUUUUACCCGUGAUUGAGGAAAAGAUUCAAGAGAAAAUCGCUGCUUUCAAAAAUGACGGAUUUGUGUCUCUCAAGUUGGCCGAGAUUAAGCCUAUUACACAUGAUACCAGCCUUUUCAGUUUCGAACUUCCCAAGGGUCAUGUCGCUGGUCUUCCUAUCGCCUCUUGCGUGGUUGUCAAGCACGCUGUUGAAGGCGGCAAACCCAUCAUCCGUCCCUAUACCCCCGUUUCUGAAUCCGAGGCUGAAGGACAUGUCGAUUUCAUCAUUAAAAAGUACAAUGACGGUAAAUUGACUCCCGUGAUUCACAACAUGAAGCCUGGAGACACUCUUGAUUUUAAGGGCCCCAUUCCUAAAUACGACUGGGAGAAAGAUCAAAAGGCCAAUGUUGGUAUGAUUGCUGGCGGUACUGGUAUUACCCCCAUGCUUCAAAUCAUCCGCAGAGUCUUUGAUGAGAAAUCCACCGAUAAGAAGACCAAGAUCUCCUUGAUCUUUGCUAACCAAACCGAACAAGAUAUCUUGUUGAAGGACGAAUUAGACAAGAUUGCUAAGGAACACCCUGAUCGUUUCAAGGUCACCUAUGCAUUGGAUAAGGCUCCUGAAGGUUGGAACGGUGUGACAGGUUAUGUUACCGCUGAGGUUGUCAAGGCUAACUUACCUAGCCCCGAACAAGAUGACACCAUCAUCUUUGUCUGCGGUCCUCCUCCCAUGGUUAAAUCUUUAGCUGGUGUUCGUACCAUGAAGAGUCAAGGCGAACUCGAAGGUGUCUUGAAGGAAUUAGGUUAUGAACAAAAGAACGUCUUUAAGUUUUAAAGUCAUAUAACAAAUUUUUUUUUUCUUUAUUAAUAUCAUUAUUAUUUAUUUUUAAUAAAUUCAAGUUUUCUGAUCAAAUUUAAG